CAGGAUGAAGCUCGCGCUACAAUGACUGAAAGCGGCGCUCAGCUCUUUGCUCGACUGGAGGCUCGUCGCUGUCUGAAGGACAUUGAACCCCGUCUAUUUCCUGAAGAUGGAGGACCUGAUAAUGGUGAGGUGGUGGAGCUGUACGGGACGGAGGGGACAGGUAAGACGGAGCUGCUCUACCACCUGCUGUGCCGCUGUGUGUUGCCGGUGGCGUCCGGCGGUCUGGAGGUGGACGUCGUGUUCGUGGACACCGACUACAGUCUGGACAUGUUCCGGCUCGUCAGCGUCCUGGACAGCAGACUGAACGCUGGGGGGGGGUCCGAUGAGGCGAUGUUGCGUUCGUGUCUGUCUCGGCUGCUGGUGGUCCACUGCUCCUCCUCCUCCCAGCUCCUCCUCACUCUUCACUUCCUGGAGACGACCGUGUCCUCAAGGCCUGGCGUGGCGCUCCUCCUCAUCGACAGCAUCUCUGCUUUCUAUUGGCUGGACCGUUACGAGGGCGGGCCCAGCAUCUCCAAGCAGGAAGAGAAGCUCAGCAAGUGUAGCGAGCUGCUGGGCCGACUGCUCAGGGAUUAUAGAAUCACCGUGUUCGCCACCUGCCAUGCCAUCAGGAGGAGCUACACUGGAUCCUCCUCCUCUUCCUCCUCCUCCUCCUCCUCCUCCUCAGAGUCCGACCGGCCGUACCUCUGUCGCCCGUGGCAACGCCUGGUGACCCACCGGCUGCUGUGCUCCAGGCAGGAGGCCACAAACAACAUGGCCGCUGCAGCAGGAGGCAGCAAGGUCUUCACCGUCCACUACACCUCCACCUCCUCCUCCUCCUCCUCCUCCUCCUCCUCCUCAGGGACCAAGGCCUCCAGGAGCAGCUCCUUCUGUGUGACUGAUGGAGGAGUGGAGUUUAUCUGCUGUAAAUAAAAA